AGGAAGGCUCUGAGGUUUCUUCACUAAAAGAUCACUACAUGAUGAUGAUUCCGAUGCAAUCUUAAUCUACAAAAGCAUAUAAAAUUAUACUAAAAUUGGCAUUAUUUGACCAACAUUAUCUAAACUCCAAAUAAUAUCCUCCAAAAAAAUUAGACUUUUGCAUCGUAAAGACCGCUCUUCUAAACCCAAAUGGGGUGAAGUUAUUAUAAGAAGAAAGAAACUUAAGCAGAGAAAACAGAGUAACGCAUGCAUUUCAAUAUCAUCCCAAAAUGGCGAACUUGGUUUCUCUCUUGGGUUGCUUUGGUAUACUAUUUGCAAUGUGCUAUGUAGCAUCGGCUAGUUCAUUGGCCGUUUCUAGUGCCUUGUUCAUCUUUGGAGAUUCAACUGUUGAUCCUGGCAACAAUAAUCACAUGGAAACGAUCCCCGAGAAUAGAGCAGAUUACAAACCGUACGGACAGAACGGCUUCUUUGAAGGACCCACAGGACGAUUCUCCGAUGGUCGUGUUAUUGUGGAUUUUAUAGCUGAAUAUGCAAAGCUGCCAAUAAUUCCUCCAUUCAGGCAACCAUCUGCUAAAUACACAAAAGGUGUUAACUUUGCCUCUGGUGGGGCAGGCAUUCUUUCGGAAACCAAUCAGGGUUUGGUAACUGAUCUUAAAACACAAUUGAAAAACUUCGAAGAUGUACAAAAAUCAUUGACAGAGAACUUAGGAGAUGAGCAAGCUAAAAAACUGAUAUCCGAAGCAGUUUAUUUUUUUAGCAUCGGAAGCAACGAUUACAUGGGUGGUUAUCUAGGGAAUCCCAAAAUGCAACAAGAUUAUAACCCAGAACAAUAUGUUGACGUGGUCAUCGGAAACUUGACCAAGGCAAUCCAAUCGCUGUACGAGAAAGGAGGAAGAAAAUUUGGUUUCCUAAGCUUGUCUCCUCUAGGAUGCUUACCAGCUCUUAGAAUUCUGAACCCAAAAGCCAGCCAAGAAGAAAGACGUUGUUUCGAGGGAGCUUCUGAACUUGCACUGGCACAUAACAAUGCAUUAAAAGCUGUACUCACAAGCCUUGAAUAUCUAUUAAAAGGGUUCAAGUACUGCAACUCAAAUUUCUAUAAUUGGCUACAGGAUAGAAUCAACAACCCCUCCAAGUACGGUUUCAAAGAAGGAGUGAAUGCUUGCUGUGGAACUGGUCCAUACAGAGGUAUCUAUACCUGUGGGGGCAAAAAGGAAGUCACAGACUACGAGUUAUGUGAUAAUGCAGAGGACUACGUAUGGUGGGAUUCGUUCCAUCCUACUGAAAGAAUCCAUGAGCACUUCGCUAAAGCUCUCUGGAAUGGACCCCCUUUGUCUGUUGGUCCAUAUAACCUGAAAGACCUAUUCUUCAACAAUGAGAUGAAGCUCACCAUUGCUGAUGUCGUUGACAACCCACAUUCAAAUCACUUUCAAUUCUAGCUACCCAGCAACUUCACUUUGUUCAUUAUUUCCACGGAAGAUCUCAUUCUGCGAUGUCAUGUGUUGCAAUAUGCUCGAUUUGAUAUCUACGAUACAUUCAGAAGACAUCUUUUUUAUUUAAAAAAAAAAAAAAUCUUCUUUUUGUUGACACGUGUCCUUUUUAUUGCUUGUGAGUAAUGAAUUAAUGUCGCUGCAGUAACUAUAAAAUAAUUAGAAAAAGAAAUGAAGAGACACUACUGUAGUUAGGAUGGGCACAAACCGAAUCGCAUCAAUCAAUCCGAUUGAGCUGAA